AUAAAGAAAAUGUUCUCGAAUGCGACAGAUAAGGCGAGUUCGAGUGCAUCAGACACUUACAGUUCAAUUUUAAACAGAAAAAUAAUAUAAUUCGAGAUAUUUCCAAACAAAAUGAAUCUUUCGGAAGAUUUUAAUUUCACUUCGAAUUCAAGUGAUUUUAUUGGUAACGAUACCGGAAAAUUUAUCCUUCCCGUUUGGAGGCAAGUAAUAUGGAGCGUUUUAUACGCUACCAUAAUUAUAAUCGCAACUGGCGGAAACGUUAUCGUCAUUUGGAUCGUUCUCGCACAUAAAAGAAUGAGAACCGUCACUAAUUACUUCUUGUUGAAUCUCUCAGUGGCUGAUACGAUGGUGUCGACAUUAAACGUUACCUUUAGCUUCGUGUAUUGCUUAAAUGGACAUUGGCCCUUCGGUGAAUCAUACUGCAAAAUUUCUCAGUUCAUAUCGGUGGUUUCAGUGUGCGCAUCAGUGUUUUCCUUAAUGGCUAUUUCCAUAGACAG